UCUUUAGAAACCUACAUUAGACAGAAGAAAACAUCACCCAAAGAUGAAGACCUCUAUUACCAACAUGAAGGUGUUACUCUUGGGACUUCUGUGUGUUUCUGCUAUGUGUUCUUCAGAUUAUGAUGAAGAUGACCAGGGUCAGGAGGCCACUGGGAAAGUUGUUGAUGCUCGGGGGCACAGACCACUUAAUAGAGGGGAGAGGCAACCUGUGAUGCAGCCGGCCCCUCCACCUCUCAGCGGAACGUCGUACCGGGCCCGGCCCACCGUCCUACCUUCCCGCAGUGGCCAGCAAAAAGAAAAGGAAGUCCAGCCUGAUGAGGGGGGCUGCACUCAUGCAUCUGAGGAAAUGGGUGUAUUGUGUCCCAAUGGAUGUGAAUUAAAAGCCAACCUUUUGAAACAAGAAAGAAAUGUGAAAACAACAGUAGCACAGUUGAAAUCAGAUGUGCUGAUGCUGUCCCAGUCUUCUAACCAGAUUCAUACAUAUGUCCAAGGUCUUUCUAAUGCACUGCGAGAGAGACAAAGGGUGGCUGAUGACAACACCAAUGUUGUUGGGGAGUACACCUCAGAUUUGGAGCAGCAGCAUGCCUAUAUAAAACAAAGCGUUGAUACUACAGUUCCAUCCAGCGUUCGUAUCCUUCGUGGAGUUUUAGAUAACCUGAGAAACAAAAUCCAGAAGCUAGAGACAGCUAUUAUCUCCCAGAAGCAGAAAUGCGAGAAGCCAUGCACUGUAUCCUGCAAAAUUCCUGUUGUGUCUGGAAAAGAAUGUGAAGACAUCUUCCGCAAGGGAGGAGACACCUCUGAGAUGUACUUGGUUCAGCCUGAUUCCUUCUUCCAGCCUUACAAAGUAUACUGUGACAUGACAACAUUAAAUGGAGGCUGGACAUUAAUUCAGAACAGACAAGAUGGAAGUGUGGACUUUGGCAGAAGAUGGGAUGACUAUAGGAGUGGAUUUGGAAAUAUUGCACUUGAUAAUGGUAAAGGUUUCUGCAAUUCACCAGGGGAAUACUGGCUUGGAAAUGAAAGAAUUAGCCAACUGACUAAAAUGGGACCAACAGAGCUUCUCAUUGAGAUGAAAGACUGGAGAGGAAACACAGUGUCUGCUCAAUAUCUCCAGUUCACUGUCCAGAAUGAAGCCUCCAAUUACAUAAUGGCUGUAGCCAAUUACAAAGGGACAGCAGGCAAUUCUCUGUUAGAAGGUGCACCACAGUUAUAUGGUGAAAACAGGACAAUGACAAUACAUAAUGGGAUGAUGUUCAGCACAUAUGAUCGGGACAAUGACAGAUGGGCACCUGGAGAUCAAGGGAAACAGUGCUCCAGAGAAGAUGGUGGUGGUUGGUGGUACAACCGCUGUCACUCUUCCAACCCCAACGGCAGGUACUACUGGGGAGGAGAGUACACUAAAACCAUGGCCAAACAUGGCACAGAUGACGGAAUUGUGUGGAUGAACUGGAAGGGAUCCUGGUAUUCCCUGAAGGAAGUGAGCAUGAAGAUCAGACCAUACUUCAGUGGAUAGAAGGCUGACAGCAGAUGCAACUCAAACCAAGUGAAGUGUUCUUACACAGGCUGUCAACCCCUUGGUUUUGUGCAAAACUGACACAUUAUAUUGACAAGUUAUUCACAGGAAGAAGUAGGAAAUGUAAUUUCAUAGAGUAUUAAUUGUAAAGCUUAAAUGCUGUUCCUGAAAACUGCCAGGAAUAUUUUAACUUGUGCACAUGUUUUUAGAACACCAUAUAGAGUAAGAUGGUAUCUUUAUUUUUUUCUAUGAACUUGGCUGUUGACAUUGUCUGCAAAAGGUGGUAACUGUGUAUUAAUCUCCACUAGGUGAUGAGUCAGGGUUAGGUCUUUUCUCUCAUCAUUAAACAAGAAUGUUGCAAUAGA